AUGGCCACUUCAGCGAUUCAACACUCCUCUUUCGCCGGCCAAACGGCCCUCAAGCCCUCCAACGACCUCCUCCGCAAAGUCGGAGCUUCCAACGGUGGUGGCCGCGUCGUCAUGCGCCGUACCGUCAAGUCUACUCCUCAGAGCAUCUGUUUCGAUUUAAGCACAUCACCAAAACAUGUAAUUAACCAACAAAUUGUGACAGGAUCUCAGAUCUUCUCAGAAGGAGGACUUGAUUACCUUGGAAACCCUAACUUGAUCCACGCGCAAAGCAUUUUAGCUAUAUGGGCUUCUCAAGUUGUGCUCAUGGGCUUAAUUGAAGGGUACAGAAUUGGAGGUGGGCCUCUUGGCGAAGGGCUUGACCCGCUUUACCCGGGUGGGGCGUUUGACCCAUUGAACUUAGCGGAGGAUCCAGAGGCGUUUUCGGAAUUGAAGGUAAAGGAGCUCAAGAACGGUCGUCUUGCGAUGUUCUCAAUGUUUGGAUUCUUUGUUCAAGCCAUUGUUACUGGUAAAGGUCCCAUCGAGAAUCUGUUCGAUCAUCUUGCGGACCCUGUGGCUAACAAUGCCUGGUCUUACGCCACCAACUUCGUCCCCGGAAAAUAG